ACGCGACGUGAUCUCAUCCCGGUCUACAUCGUGGUGUCAUGGUGGAACGGUUAGUUAGCUCACACACCUCAUCACGAUCUCCAAUCUCCAAACCAGUUUUACUAUAGCAAACAGCGAAUGAUGGGAGGAUUUUGUAGGCGGCCGUAGCUUUCCAUACAUGUCAGCAGCAAUAACUCCGUCCUGCUGCUGCGGCUGAAACUGCCGCCGGCCGGAAGUGGGAUCCUGAUCGAUUUAUUUGUUUGGCCGGGGUAGAUGGCGCCGCCCUAAAUAAGCCUACCCACCUUCCACCUCAAUUAUACGACGGAGCGAGGAGGCCCGCUGCCGGGUAUGUAAAUGCCGUCGUCGUCCUCCUCCAACUUGUCACAAUCCGGGACAGCUAGAAGCAGCAGCGGCUGCCUGCCAUGUCGUCUUCCUCCGUCGCGCCGCGCGGCCCGUCCAGGGGCGAGGCCUGGUUCUGCACCACCGGGCUGCCCAGCGACGUCGUCUUCGAGGUGCAGGACAUGAGCUUCCACCUCCACAAGUUCCCGCUCAUGUCCAAGAGCAGGAAAAUCAGCCGCAUGCUCACCGAGCAGGACGAGCAUCGUCCGGCGCGCCAGCGGCGGCGGAGUAAUAGCGACGUAGACAAUGCCGACGACGAUACUUCUGCUGACGCGGAAACAGAGAUUGAGGAAGCAGAGAUAGAGGAAGCAGAGGAGGGGAACGAGCAGCAGCAGGGGCAGGUUCGGAUGGACGACGGGAACUCGUACCGCAUCACCUUCCCGGACUUCCCCGGCGGACCGGGCACAUUCGAGGCGGCCGCCAAGUUCUGCUACGGCGUGCGCCUCGACCUCACGCCCUGGAACGUGGCGCCGCUGCGGUGCGCGGCGGAGUACCUGGAGAUGACGGAGGAGCACGCGGAGGACAACCUGGCGGCGCGCGCGGAGGCGUACCUCGCCCAGUCCGUGCUCCGGCACCCCGGGGAGGCCGCCAGGGCGCUCAAGUCCUGCGAGGACCUGCUGCCGCACGCCGAGGAGCUCGGCAUCGUCGACCGCUGCGUGGAGGCCAUCGCCGCGCGCUCGUCCUCGUCGUCGUCGCGCGCCUGGGUCGACGACCUGGCCGUGCUCGGCCUGCGCAUGUACAAGCGGGUGAUGGCGGCCAUGGCGGCGCGCGAGGGCGCGGGGGCGACGGAGGCCGUGGAGAGCUGCCUCGUGUCCUACGCCCGGGCCACCCUCCCCGGGCUGUCGCGGUCCAUGCGGUGGCGCCGGGCCUCCGCGCCCGUGUCGUCGGAGGUGGAGCAGCGGGACUUGCUGGAGGCGGUGGUCGCCAGCCUGCCCCCGGACAAGUGCUCGGGCCGCGUCGUCACCGCCAAGUUCCUGUUCGCGCUGCUGCGGACGGCGCACAUCCUGCGCGCGUCCGACGAGGCGCGCGCGGCGCUGGAGCGCAAGGCCGCCACGCAGCUGGAGCAGGCCACGCUAGAGGACGUGCUCAUCCCGAGCUUCUCCGGCGCCGCGGAGACGCUCUACGACGUGGACUGCGUCGAGCGGAUCGUCAGGCAUUUUCUCUCUGACGAGGACGAGGCGUCGUCCUCGGCCGCUGCGAUCACCGAGGAGGAUGUGGCGGCUAGGACGACGGCGUCUCGGCCGUCUGCCGUGGUCAUGGUACAGGUGGGCAAGCUGGUGGACAACUACCUCGCCGAGGUGGCGUCGGACGCCAACCUGAAGCCCGCCAAAUUCUGCGAGCUGGCGCUGGCACUGCCGGACCACGCCCGCAUCUACGACGAUGGCGUCUACCGCGCAGUCGACGUCUACCUCAAGGCGCACCCACGGCUGACGGCGGAGGAGCGGGACCGGGUGUGCGGCGUGGUGGACUGCCGGAAGCUGACGGUGGAGGCGUGCACGCACGCGGCGCAGAACGAGCGGCUCCCGCUGCGCGCGGUGCUGCAGGUGCUCUUCUUCGAGCAGCUGCAGCUCCGGCGCGCCAUCGCGGGCACGCUGCUGGCGUCCACGACGGGCGCCCCGCGUCAGCAGCAGCGGGCGGCGGCGCUCCGGCAUGCGGCUGGCCCGAGCGAGACGUGGCGGACGGCGGCGGUGCAGGAGAGCCAGGUGCUGCGGGUGGACAUGGACGGCAUGCGGAGCCGGGUGCAGGGGCUGGAGCGGGAGUGCUCCAGCAUGCGGAGGGCCAUCAAGAAGAUCGACGGCCGCGAUGACGCUGCCGCCGGGUCGUCGCCCGGCAGCGCGGACGCCGGCGGCGCGAGUAGCUGGAGGUCGCGGUACGGGUGCAAGUUCAGCACGCAGGUGUGCGACUCGCAGGCGCGCGACGCCGUCGUGUCCAGGGCGUCUAGGAUGGGGAUGAGCCCAUGAGGCCAUGACAGAACAAUGAUGGCGCGCAAUGCGUGCAGUGCAGCAUGGUUCGCGCCAUCUGCCAUUCCGUUUGAACACGGCAAGUUUCACGACGGUCGACCAGAAAUCAACACUUGAGAUGAAAAUGAUUGAGAGUUUCCCACUGGACUGAGCAAAUCCUUCCGAGAUCGAUCGGACGCGGCAAAAUCUCACCCCUUCUCAUCUCGUCCGUGUGAUUUCGUGACCUGAAACUGAAAGGCGCCCUGCCAAACGUGUGGGCAACAACACAGGGCCGUCG